AUGGAUACUUCAAUUUCGCCAAUUCUUAGCUCUGAACUUGAAAACUAGAUAAAAACGUAUCCACAAGAUACUCAGUUGAAAGAUCAAUCACUAAUGGAUAGACUAGUAAACCCUGAAGAAGGCGUUCAUUAUCAAUGCCAAGUUUGCUAGGAUUUACUUUAAGAUCCAAGAGAAUGCUCCAAGUGUAGAAAUGUGUUUUGCCAUAAAUGCAUCGAUAAGUGGCAAUCAAAUGCCCAUUCCUUCUAGACAGUUUGCCCCCUCAGAUGCAAAGGUGUUGAGAUGAUGAAGAUUUCUAUUCCUUUUAAGAAUCAAAUGGAGAGCCUUAAAAUUUACUGCUAAAAUAAACAGUUUGGUUGCAAUCAGGCUGUGACUUAUGGAGAAUUGCUGAAGCACCAGUCAAGCUGUGAGUACGAUUUGAUAAGCUGUCUUCAUCAAGGAUGUACGCAGAAAACUCUGAGAAAGUUUCUGGAAGAUCAUAUGGCUACUUGUGAUUAUCUUCUAAUAGACUGCGAGUACUGCAAGAAGUUGAUUCCAUCUGGUCAAAUGGAUCAUCAUUUGUAGAAUUAGUGUGAAAUGAUCUUGAAAGAUUGUCCAGUUUGUAAGCAACCUGUACCCAAGAGGACUCUUCAUCAUCAUCUUGAUUUCGACUGUCUAGAAAAUGAAGUCCGAUGUCCCCAGCAGGGAUGCUAAAUCAGAUGCAAAAAGAAGUUGCAAAAAGAGCACAUUAGAGUAGACUGUUUAUUCACCAUAGUAUAGUGUUCAAAGGGUUGUUCUCUUGAUUUUACCAGAUCUGAAGUUGACUCCCAUGACUGCAUAAAGGAACUUGCCAAGAAACUAACUUAAGCACAAGAAAAACUCUCAGACAAAGAUCACUAACUCUCAAGCACAAAAAGUGAGAUGAAAUAAAUCAAAGCUCUGUGCAAAGAGAAGGACAACCGAAUAAUGGACUUGGAAAAUUAGUUACAAUUCGAUAACAUUGGAUAAUUAGUGGGUCAGAAUCAAGUACAACUGAACUUUGAAGAGUAAAAAGAAUAGUACUAUAGGAAAGACCCUACCUUUUAAUGUGAAACCUCUAAAUCAGUAUAUCAAGGAGGAAGCAUAGAGACAAUAUUACUUAUGACUAAUGGCCACUUGGCUAUAAGCGGUAGUAGCUAGAACUACAAGCUAGCGAUAUUUGACACUAAAGGCUAAGAGGAGACCUACUAAUUAGUACAAGAGUUCUAGGAUCAUGUGAAUACUAUCACUGGAUUACUUGAAAUAAAUGAUAGAUUGAUAUCCUGUGGCAUUGAUAGGAAUAUUGUGGUAUAUGAAAUAAUAGAGAAACAUAUUAAAGUCAAACAACCUGAGUCAAUUUAGAAACAAACCAAGAUGAACUGCUUAUUAAGCUGUUUCACCAGUAAAGCCUAGUCAGUGCCUGAGAUAACUAUUUUGAAGCAUGAAUACAAGAAGUAAAACACUAUUGUCAAUGCUCACACCUCUCAGAUCAAUUGUAUUACUGCUGUCAAUGAUCAGCUAUUUGCAACUGGAGCAACUAAAGAGGUUAAAAUAUGGAAGUUCUAUGAAUGCGUUCAGGUCAUUCCUACUGCUCACUCAACUGCGAUACUUUCAAUUAAGGCAUUUAAGAUUAUGAAUCAUUCGACCAGGCAGCUUGAGCUUAUGCUUGCAACAGGAAGCAAAGAUAAACAUCUUAAGUUAUGGAGUUUGCAGCAGCUACUGUAAGAGAAUAACUAGCAACUUUAAAUUGAAGAGAGCAGCGUUGAGCAGUCUCACAGAAUGCGGCACUCAAGUGACAUGGUGCUUGCUCACUACUCCUAGGUUAAUACCUUCGCCUAGUUAAAUGAUAAUACCCUAAUCUCUGGAACUUCAGAUGGUAAGAUCUAAAUUUGGAAACAGAGACAGCACCAUCCAUAGCCAGGAAACAAUUCAAAUGCAGUUGCUCAUUAAGAUCAUCAGGCUCAAUAAUAGUAAUAUCAUCCUUAGCACAGAAACUCUCUAAACAACUAGCAGAAUUAAAACUCAUAAAGAACAUUCUAAGUAUAGCACACCUAGCAGGUCUUCACAGUUUCAACUCUGCACAUACAGUUGCUGACUUCGUAUGAUUAUAAUGAGUAUCCAUAUGUGGCUCUGGCUGGUAUGGUGUCCAAGGUGAUUAUAUUUGAUGUUAAGAAUAUGACUGUGAUUUAGUCUCUUAGAGUGCUUAUCAGCAACUGGCAAACAUUCAUCGGAGUGGUGGGAAUGCCUGAAGAGCGACUUGCUGUUGGCUGCCUGGAUGGCACUGUUAAGAUUUAUAAAGCUAGUUACGAUUGA